ACAGUUCAUUGAGAGCUUUAAACUCGAUAUUUUUAACUCACACAUGUACAUUGACAUGCAUUGCAUGUAGAUUUGCUAAACUUUUGAUUUUUUCAUAGAAGAUACUUGUUUUAUCUGCGCUUUCUUAUAGAUCAAAUCUGCUUGUUUGUAGACUUUCACACUUCUGUGCUGUUUUAGCACUCUAAUGUCAGAGAAAACAAUAAAUUAAUAAACGUCAAACGCAGAAUGGCGCUGAACUAGACCACCACCAAUGUCAUAAGACAAAUGCAUGAUGCAAACCUUUAAUACAGAUCAACUUCCACUUUUAUUUAAUGAAAUUCUAUAAAUGCAUGUCACCCCACGGGUCUGAUUGAUGAGCACGCGCUAAAGGAUCAAAGUUUGCGACACCGAUAAGCCGCUUUUUUUGGCUUAAUAACAGUGUGAUUGUUCGUCAGGGACACAGUUGGGCUGUUGUUUAAUUCCUCGACAUCUGAUGAAGAUCAUAACCGGCAUCGGAUCUUCUGUGAUCAGGAUGCACAGUCUGUCACGAGCGUCUCGGCGUCUGCUCGUCGCGCGCCGACCGCCCGUGCGGGGUUAUUCCUCUGGGCCCGGUCCAAGAGUGUGUAUUGUAGGUGGCGGUCCUGCAGGUUUUUACACCGCACAACAGCUCCUGAAGGCUCGGCAAGAUGCGGUCGUUGACAUUUACGAACGGCUGCCGGUGCCGUUUGGACUGGUGCGGUUCGGUGUCGCCCCCGAUCACCCUGAGGUCAAGAAUGUCAUCAACACUUUCACCCAGACAGCCCAGCACGAGCGCUGCAGUUUCCAUGGUAAUGUGACUGUGGGAAAAGAUGUGAGCGUUGAGGAGUUAAGACAGGCUUACCACGCUGUUGUGUUGAGUUACGGAGCCGAGGGAAACCGUUCCAUGGAAAUUCCAGGUGAAGACCUGUCUGGUGUUAUCACAGCUAAAGACUUUGUCGGAUGGUACAACGGACUUCCGGCCAAUAAGGAGCUGUGUCCUGAUCUCAGCUCUGAGACAGCGGUGAUUUUGGGGCAGGGAAAUGUGGCCUUGGAUGUGGCUCGAAUUCUUCUGUCACCCCUGGACAUGUUGAAGAAGACUGAUAUUACCCAGCAUGCACUAGACGCAUUAGCAGGCAGCAGCGUGCGCAGGGUUUUGAUCAUAGGCCGACGAGGACCUCUUCAAAUAGCAUGUACCAUCAAGGAACUCAGAGAAAUGGUGAAUCUGCCAAACACUAGAGUGGACAUGCUGCCCAGUGACUUUGAGGGCAUUGCAGAAACUUUAAAAGAUCUCCCCAGGCCGAGGAAGAGAUUGACGGAGUUGUUGAUGAAGGCGAUGAAUGGCGGAGGAGACGGACAAGUUGAGAACAGCUGGGGCUUCCGUUUCUGUCGCAGUCCUGUGGAGGUUCUUUCAGGAGCUGAUGGGAAAAGAGCCGCAGGAAUCCGAUUGGCUUUAACUAGGCUUGAGGGGUCAGGGGAGGUUGCACGGGCAGUGCCUACAGGUCAACUUGAGGAUCUGGAGUGUGGUUUGAUCAUCAGCAGUAUCGGUUAUAAGACAAUUCCCAUCGACCCUGAUGUGCCCUUUGACCCCCGACGAGCCAUCAUACCCAAUGACAUGGGAAGAGUUCAGGACACAACGGGUCUGUACUGCAGCGGCUGGGUCAAGCGAGGACCGACUGGUGUGAUCGCCACCACCAUGAACGACAGUUUUGAUACAGCACGUGUUUUAUUGCAGGAUAUAGAGGCAGGCAAGCUGGACGUGUCAAUCAACAAACUGGGUGCACAGGCGAUCGCUGCCCUUCUACAAACACGAGGUGUGAAAACAGUGUUAUUUUCAGAAUGGGAGAAGAUUGACGCAGAAGAGGAGAGUAGAGGCAAGUCCCUCGGAAAACCCAGGGAAAAACUACUGGAUGUGGAGGAGAUGUUGAAACUUGCCUGGUCCUAAGUUUAACAGCCCAGGAACUCAAUAAGAUUGUGUAAAUCUUGCUGAAACGCUGCCCAGAAUAAUAAACACAGAAGACCAGUGUGCCAGAGUUCCUUGAUUACAGACUGUGGAGGGCCUGAAUCCAAUGGCAGCGCGAUCAAAAAUCCAGCUUGUUGAGGUGGUAAAAAUGUUUUUGAAAUGUUAAUGGAUAGUUCACCCAAAUUGUAAAUUCUGUUACCAUUUACUCACCCUCAUGUCAUUCCAAACCCAAAAAAGGAACACAAAAGUAGGAGUUUAGCAGAAUGUUCAUGGCGCUCUUUGCUAUACAAUGAAAGGAUACAGGGGAUGUUGAGCUACAAAAAGUAAAACAAAAUCAACAUAAAGGCACCAUUAAAGUAGUCCAUGUGAUUCAUGUGCUGUAUUCCAAGUCUUCUGAAGCCAUUAGAUAGCUUUGUGUGAGGAAAAGACUGAAAUUUAAGUUGUUUAAUCGGGUAGUGAAUCCGUCUGGCUGAUAACAUGACAAAAGGAUUGGUGUGUUCACCAAAAUCAUAUUUCCUUUAUAGUACUUUGCCACUAAAAACAGUUUUUGUUUGCUAUUUUGCAAUUAAAAUCAGUUUUUGUUUAUUACUUUGCCAAUAAAUCUGUUUUUGUUUGCUACUUCACUACCAAAAUCAGUUUUUUUGCUACUUUGCCACUGAAAUCUGUUUUUGUUUGCUGCUUUACAACCAAAAUCAGAUUUUGUUUGCCAAUAUGCCACUUUAAUCAGUUUUUGUUUGCUACUUUACAACCAAAAUCAGUUUUUCUUUGCUACUUUACUACCAAAAUAAGUAUUUGUUUGCUACUUUGCCACUGAAAUCUGUUUUUGUUUGCUGCUUUACAACCAAAAUCAGAUUUUGUUUGCCAAUAUGCCACUUUAAUCAGUUUUUGUUUGCUACUUUACAACCAAAAUCAGUUUUUCUUUGCUACUUUACUACCAAAAUAAGUAUUUGUUUGCUACUUUGCCACUGAAAUCUGUUUUUGUUUGCGACUUUACAAUCAAAAUCAGUUUUUGUUUCCAAUGCCACUUAAAUCAGUUUUUGUUUACUACUAUGUAACCAAAAUAUGUUUUUGUUUGCUACUUUGCCACUUAAAUCAGAUUUUGUUUGCUACUUUGCCACUUAAAUUAGUUUUUGUUUGCUACUUUGCCACUUAAAUCAGAUUUUGUUUGCUACUUUGCCACUUAAAUUAGUUUUUGUUUAAUACUUUGCCACUUAAAUCAGAUUUUGUUUGCUGCUUUGCCACUUAAAUUAGUUUUUGUUUGCUACUUUGCCACUUAAAUCAGAUUUUGUUUGCUGCUUUGCCACUUAAAUUAGUUUUUGUUUGCUACUUUGCCACUUAAAUCAGAUUUUGUUUGCUGCUUUGCCACUUAAAUUAGUUUUUGUUUAAUACUUUGCCACUUAAAUUAGUUUUUGUUUAAUACUUUGCCACUUAAAUCAGAUUUUGUUUGCUGCUUUGCCACUUAAAUUAGUUUUUGUUUGCUACUUUGCCACUUAAAUCAGAUUUUGUUUGCUGCUUUGCCACUUAAAUUAGUUUUUGUUUGCUACUUUGCCACUUAAAUCAGAUUUUGUUUGCUGCUUUGCCACUUAAAUUAGUUUUUGUUUAAUACUUUGCCACUUAAAUUAGUUUUUGUUUGCUACUUUGCCACUUAAAUUAGUUUUUGUUUGCUACUUUGCCACUUAAAUUAGUUUUUGUUUAAUACUUUGCCACUUAAAUCAGAUUUUGUUUGCUACUUUGCCACUUAAAUUAGUUUUUGUUUAAUACUUUGCCACUUAAAUCAGAUUUUGUUUGCUGCUUUGCCACUUAAAUUAGUUUUUGUUUAAUACUUUGCCACUUAAAUCAGAUUUUGUUUGCUGCUUUGUCACUUAAAUUAGUUUUUGUUUAAUACUUUGCCACUUAAAUCAGUUUUUUUUGCUACUUUGCCACUGAAAUCUGUUUUUGUUUGCCAAUAUGCCACUUUAAUCAGUAGUCGUUUGCUACUUUACUACCAAAAUCAGUUUUUCUUUGCUAAUAUGCCACUUUAAUCAGUUUUCGUUUGCAACUUUACUAACACAAUCUGUUUUUGUUUACUACUUUUCCACUUAAAUCAGUUUUUGUUUGUUACCAAACUUUAAGUCUGAAUUAAACUUUAUUCCCUGAAAGUCUUCCCCUCAUCUGUAGAUAUCAAAUCUCAUUUGCCUUUAGACGCAUCUGUUUGAUAGACAUGAAAGUAAGUAAAUCAUGCCAGUAUUUUCAAUUAAGGGUGAACUAUUACUGGUAACACGGGUUGUAACGUCAGUUAACUACAUUCGUUAAAUGAACAGUACUUUAUUAAUCUUGGUUAAUGUUAGUUACAACAUUUUAAAAUUAAAAAUGACCUAAAAUAUGAACUAACAACGAGUAAUUGUAUUUUUAUAAACUAAAAUUAACAGAAAAAGAAAAGUAGUUUUAGUGUCCAGUUAGAUAUCAAUGCAAUGACUAAACUAUGAUGUCAUGACUUACACUUAUGAUUAUCACUACUGUUUACUGAAAGUACUACUGGCACCAUGAUGAAUGCUUAAAAUGAAGUUGGACCAGUUGCUGUAAUGGUAGUUUACAUAUGCCUCUUUCCGUUGUGUUGACUUCUUGUCAUUUGUCCAGAAUAAACAAAAAUGUGUGUUGUGAAAUUGUAUGAAUGGAAACAGACUGAAGCUUAAAUGAUAUGAAACAUGUUUUUACAUAAUGAAUAAGCAAUGGUGUAAAUAAACCUCAAUAGGGU